GACUCCCUGGUCAAGUCAUUCCUUCCAGUAUGACUCCCUGGUCAAGUCAUUCCUUCCAGUAUGACUCCCUGGUCAAGUUAAGGCUUCCAGUAUGACUCCCUGGUCAAGUCAUUGCUUCCAGUAUGACUCGCUGGUCAAGUCAUUGCUUCCAGUAUGACUCCCUGGUUAAGUCAUUGCUUCCAGUAUGACUCCCUGGUCAAGUUAAGGCUUCUAGUAUGACUCCCUGGUCAAGUCAUUGCUUCCAGUAUGACUCCCUGGUCAAGUCAUUGCUUCCAGUAUGACUCCCUGGUCAAGUUAAGGCUUCCAGUAUGACUCCCUGGUCAAGUCAUUGCUUCCAGUAUGACUCCCUGGUCAAGUCAUUCCUUCCAGUAUGACUCCCUGGUCAAGUCAUUCCUUCCAGUAUGACUCCCUGGUCAAGUCAUUGCUUCCAGUAUGACUCCCUGGUCAAGUCAUUCCUUCCAGUAUGACUCCCUGGUCAAGUCAUUCCUUCCAGUAUGACUCCCUGGUCAAGUCAUUCCUUCCAGUAUGACUCCCUGGUCAAGUCAUUGCUUCCAGUAUGACUCCCUGGUCAAGUCAUUCCUUCCAGUAUGACUCCCUGGUCAAGUCAUUCCUUCCAGUAUGACUCCCUGGUCAAGUCAUUCCUUCCAGUAAUAGUCACAGUGGUAUUCAUGCUAAUAUUACAUUUUUCCUUUGUUGAAUUGAGGGGAUGUGUCAAUUUCUCUCUGUUUCACUUCCAACCGUCUCUCUUUCUUUUCAUCUCUCUCCUUCUUUCUCCCCUCACCAAUGUACAUUUUGACAUUUAGACCGAUUUGAACCACACAUUAAUGACAGGUUUGAGCCAGGUAAUGUUACACUGUUGUUGUCCCCACAGGGAACCUGUGUCGCUGUACUGGUUACAGACCAAUUCUGGAGGGGUACAAGACGUUCACCAAAGAGAGGAGCUGUUGUGGUGGCAAAGGCAUGGAAAACGGCUGCUGCAUGACCAACAGAGUAGAGACCAAAAGGGUACACUGACGAGAGUGUCAACAGAACCUCAGUGCUGCCUGCUCCUCUCUACACCCAGCUGACUUUCUCCCUCUGGACCCCACUCAGGAGAUCAUCUUCCCACCAGAGCUGAUGGUAUUGAGAUGAAGUUUAAGAACCUGUUGUAUCCUGUUAUUCUGGCCCCGGGAUACAUCCCCGAGCUCAACACCAUACAGCACACUGAUGAGGGUAUAGUAUUUGGAGCGUCCUGUUCCCUGACCCUGCUGGGUGAUGUGCUGAAGGCUGCGGUGGGUAAACUGCCCCCCUACCAGACUGAAGUCUUCAACGCGGUGCUGGAGCAACUUCGGUGGUUCGCUGGACUACAGAUACGCAACGUGGCAGCCAUUGGAGGUAAUAUCAUGACUGCCAGCCCCAUCUCUGACCUCAACCCUGUCUUUAUGGCUUCUGGCUGCAAGCUCACGCUCAUGUCCAAAGGUGGUGAGCGUGUGGUUGUGAUGGAUGAGAAGUUCUUCCCAGGUUACAGAAAGACCAUCCUGACACCUGAGGAGGUUCUUCUAUGUGUCCUGAUCCCGUACACCAAGAAGGGUCAGUACUUUGCUGCCUAUAAGCAGUCUCCUCGUCGUGAGGAUGACAUCAGUAUUGUGACGUCAGGGAUGAGUGUGACAUUCGCCGAGGGGUCAACCAUCGUCAAGCACCUAGCCCUUAGUUACGGAGGGAUGGCUGCUACUACUGUCAUGGCUAAGAACACAGCCAGCAGACUUCUGGGAAAACAGUGGGGGGAAGAGCUUCUGCAGGAUGCUUGUUCCUCAUUGGCUGAGGAGAUGACCCUUCACCCCUCUGCGCCGGGUGGCAUGGUGACCUACCGACGGACUCUGACCCUCAGCCUGUUUUACAAGUUUUACCUGACUGUACAACAGAAACUGGUCAGUGAGGGUGCAUAUAUAGAGGGUGUCAGAGCUGACUACAUCAGUGCUACAGAGAUCUACCACCAGACGUCUCCCUCCAGUGUCCAGAUUUUCCAGGCGGUUCCAGACGGUCAGAAGGAGGAGGACGUGGUGGGCCGUCCCAUGAUGCACCUCUCAGCUUUGAAGCAGGCGACGGGCGAGGCGGUUUACUGUGACGACAUCCCUCUCUACGAGAACGAACUGUACCUCUGUCUUAUAACCAGCACCAAGGCCCACGCAACCAUACAGUCUAUAGAUACAGCGGAGGCAGAGAGUAUGCCAGGAGUGGUGACGUGUGUGUUCGCCAAGGACGUCCCCGGCAGCAACAUGACAGGACCUAUCGUCUAUGACGAGACUGUCCUCGCUGAUGCCACGGUGACGUGUGUGGGCCACAUCAUAGGAGCGGUAGUAGCAGACACUCAGGCUCACGCUCAGAGAGCAGCCAAGGCCGUGAGGAUCACCUACCAGGAACUACAGCCUGUAAUCAUCACCAUACAGGACGCCAUUACCCACCAGUCCUUCUUCCAGCCGGUUAGAACCAUCCAGAGGGGAGACCUGGACCAAGGGUUCACACAGGCUGACCACAUCCUGGAGGGUGAGAUGCAUAUGGGAGGCCAGGAACACUUCUACCUGGAGACCAACGUUACUGUAGCUGUACCUAAAGGAGAGGAUGGAGAGAUGGAGCUGUUUGUCUCUACUCAGUCUGCUACCAAGACCCAGUCUCUGGUUGCUAAGGCGUUGGGUGUCCCGGCCAGUAGAGUGGUGAUCAGAGUGAAGAGGAUGGGAGGAGGAUUCGGAGGGAAGGAGAGCAGGUCAACCACCCUGUCUACCAUGGUUGCUGUGGCUGCUCAGAAGUUGAAGAGGCCAGUGAGAUGUAUGUUGGAUAGAGAUGAAGACAUGCUGGUGACGGGAGGACGACACCCCUUCUAUGGACGUUACAAGGUGGGCUUUAUGAAGUCAGGUAAAGUGGUGGCUCUGGAAGUGACCUACUACAGCAACGCAGGCAACUCCAUGGACCUCUCUCUCUCAAUCAUGGAGCGUGCGUUGUUCCACAUGGAGAACUCUUACAGCAUCGCUACCAUUAGAGGGCGUGGCUACGUAUGUAAGACACACCUCCCGUCCAACACGGCCUUCCGAGGGUUUGGCGGGCCACAAGGAAUGUUGAUUGCUGAGAGUUGGAUGAGUGACGUAGCUCUGAGCCUCGGGCUGCCCGCCGAACAGGUACGUCGUCUGAACAUGUACAUCCAGGGAGAGAGGACCCCUUACAGCCAGAUCCUGGAUCACAUCACUCUGGACCGCUGCUGGGACCAAUGUCUGGAGAUAUCAUCCUUCACCCAACGUAGAGCUGGAAUAGAGACAUACAACAGGGACCACCGUUGGACUAAGCGAGGGCUGUCUGUCGUCCCCACCAAGUUUGGUAUCAGCUUCACCGCUGCCUUCCUUAACCAGGCCGGUGCAUUGGCUCAUAUUUACACAGACGGCUCCGUGCUGUUGACUCACGGAGGGACUGAGAUGGGACAGGGUCUAAACACCAAGAUGGUGCAGGUGGCCAGUAGGACCCUGGGUAUCCCCAGCAGUAAGAUCCACAUCACAGAGACCAGCACCAACACUGUUCCCAACACCAGCCCUACUGCUGCCUCUGCUUCCUCCGACCUCAACGGAGCCGCUGUGCAUAAUGCGUGUGAGAUCCUACUCCACCGUCUAGAACCCUACAAGACCAAGAAUCCUAAAGGAUGCUGGGAGGACUGGGUUACCGCUGCCUACUUUGACCGGGUCAAUCUGUCUGCUAAUGGAUUCUACAAGACUCCAGACCUUGGUUAUGACUUUGAGACCAACACAGGUCGUCCUUUCAACUACUUCAGUUAUGGAGUGGCCUGCUCUGAGGUGGAGAUAGACUGUCUGACCGGCAGCCACAAGAACAUUCAUACGUCCAUCGUCAUAGAUGUGGGGAAUAGUCUGAACCCAGCUCUGGACAUAGGACAGGUAGAGGGGGGCUUUAUGCAGGGUGUGGGUCUGUACACCCUGGAGGAGCUGAAGUAUUCUCCCGAGGGAUACCUGUUCACGCGAGGACCAGGCAUGUACAAGAUCCCCGCCUUUGGAGACAUCCCCACUGACCUCACAGUGUCUCUGCUCCGAGACGCCCCCAACGACAAGGCCAUCUUCUCCUCCAAGGCGAUAGGUGAGCCUCCUCUCUUCCUUGCGGCCUCUGUGUUUUUUGCCAUCAAAGAUGCAAUCAUCGCUGCCAGGAAGGAGUCAGGCCUUAGUGGGCCCUUCAGAUUGGACAGCCCGGCCACACCUGAGAGGAUACGCAACGCCUGCGAGGAUCGCUUCACCAAACUGUGCCCCCCUGCAGAGCCAGGCACCUUCACUCCAUGGGCUGUCGUAGUGUAAGACGAACGGAACUAGAGAGAGAAGAAAUGCAGAGGAGAGAGAGAAGAGGGGAGAGAUGGAGGGGGAAAAGAAUAGGAUAGCAAGCAGAGAGAGAAGGUUAAUCUGUUCCAAAAUUAUGCCAUUCAAUUCCUUUGUCUCAGUCUGAGGAAAUGGCUGUUCUAAUCAGUUUGUCAUGGAGACAGAACCCUAAUCAGUUUGGAAUGGAGACAGAACCCUAAUCAGUUUGGAAUGGAGACAGAACCCUAAUCAGUUUGGAACUCUUACCCUAACGCACACAUGGGUGGAUCUCGGUAGUGUAAAGGGGCAUCAUCUCCUUGUCUCCUGUCUCUCAUCCUUACUGAGCUGAGAAUUCAGAACAAUAUAGUGGAUUUUGGGGGUCUGCUUUCACCUGUCCACUAGUUUUAGAUCAGUGAAGAGAAAGAGACUAUUAAAGAUGAAGCGCAGAUCUGAAGCCUACCUGGCUAUCAGCACUUUGACCUAGGAAGCAGUCCUAGUCCGGUUCCCCACAUAGCCACCAUGGUGCGUUCCGAAAUAGGUCAGGAGGCCGCAGAUUCUGAUUGGAGGAAAGUGUCGCUGAGGCCGCGGGAACUAACCAGUCACACACCACUGUAACUGUUGAUUAUCUUUUUCAAGGGAUGUCAAUCAUUUUCAGACCUCACUACAUAUCAUAUACAAAUGACCUAUGAUCAAUUCAAUAUCUGUAAUGAUGCCUGUUAUAUACCUUUAUCAAAUAAGUCAACAUCUUGUAUUUGUGUGUAAAAGAGCUGAUAUGUGUGUUUAAAUUAAUAUAAUUUCCUAAAUGUAUGAUAUUUUAUACAAUUUAAUUUAAUAUGCCUUUUAUUAGCAGAACAUUUUAUUUUAUUUAGUGGUUGUGUUGAGUCAUUUGUUUAAUUUGUUUUAUGAGUAAUCUCAGGUUUUAGUAAAACAGCACCAUCUGGUGGCCGGUAGUAUUUAACUAAGUUUCAAUUCAACUUAGUUAAAUACUACUUGACUGACACAGAAUAACUCAAUUACUUCAACUACUUGAUAAGACCGAGACAAAAAAUUAAAAGAGACUAUCAAGCAUUGGUGUAAUUAAAGGAAUCAGCUUUAUUUUACAUUUCAAUAAUGUACAGAGUUUGUCUGUUGAAUAAACAUAGAUUUCCAAUCCUC